GAAAAAGCUAUUAUCGAGAUAAAUGAUGAUAUCUUUUUGAUCUGGUGUAGGAGUGAGCAACCUGUCCUCUCACACCGUGAGUGGAAUCCCUCGGCAAUGUACAUGUGGCCAAUUAUCUGUGAUGAAGACUUCAAAGACCCCGAUAAAUCCUGGUAGACUCUUUCAUUGUUGUCCUUACGGAUCGGAGGAGAGUAAGAAUCAUUUGUUUAAGUGGACCGACAUAUCCAUGGUUGAAGAGAUGGAAAGUGUUAAAAGGGUGGUUAAGACUCUGGAAGAAGACUUGGAAGUGAUAGAGAAGAAAUUCAAAGAAUUUGAAGAUUUUAAGGAACAAACACAGAAAGAGAUUGAAGGUCUUAAGUGUGGACUGUUGCUAUGUGGGAAAGAUAGAGAAGAUAUUUGUGUGAAGAACAAAGUAUUUAUCUUUGGUGGUUUAAUCAUAGCUUUCGGAUUCUAUGUAUUAUUCAGUUGA